ACGCCAGAAAAGUAAAACAAAAAGUGAAACCAAAACAAGCCUUCGAAAUUAAUGAAAAUACUGCUUUGUUCGCGAUUAAAGGCUGUUUUUGGCACGUAAAUAGACGAGCAACAGAGGCCCGAUCCGCACAAAACACCCGACGAGCCCAGCCCAAGCCAUCUGCCAACCGAUCUAGAUUAGCCCGCCCGCAAACAACGGAUAAGACUGUGUAUCAUAUCAGCUGUGGGUUAGCUUGGUGAUAAAGCCCGCGCGGAGCCACUGCCACAAAGCAACAAAGGGGACUUGGAUGCCAGCACCUCGACGAGAUUGAAGUCGAGUCCGUGGAUCCCCAGUUGGCCGCCGACUUCCGAGCACCUCGCAUCGUCUUCAGCCCGACAUACAGUGUUCGGGAUGUGCGUGAUUUUCUUCUGCGCGGACUCGAAUCCGCAGGCGGGUGGCUACAAGCUAAUCCUGGCCAGCAAUCGGGACGAGUUCUUCGCCCGGGCCACGCAGACGGCGGCCAAGUGGGCGAAUGCCGAGCAUGUCUACGGGGGAAUCGACCUGGAGCCGGGACGCGAGGGCGGCACCUGGCUGGCCAUCGGCCACUCCGCGGGCUUCUUCAAGGUGGGCGCCCUGCUCAACCUGACCGGCGAGCCCAAGCCCCGCGAUGCAGUCGCGCACAAGAACAUUUUGCAACCGCAUAAUCACAACAGCAACAGCGCCGGCACUAACCCUUGCCCCAAGCCCACCACCUCCAACAACAACAGUCAUCCGAACCCGCAUCUGAAUCCGAGUAAGGGGCAGUCGAAUAACGAACCUUUCUUACUAGGGCGCGGCAUGAUCGUGGCGGACUUCGUCGCCCGGGCGGACGAGGAGCACAGCAUCCGGAACUACAACCGCUCACUGCUCAAGGACUGCACCAAGUACAGUGCCUUUAACUUCGUUUCCAUCGAGAUUGGAUCUCCAUCCCUGCCCGCCCGCGUGGAGCUGCUGAGCAACGUGCCGCCCACGCUGGAGGAGUUCCGGAACGGCGAGUGCUACGGCUUCGGCAACAGCCUGCCCCACACGCCCUUCGAGAAGGUGCGCCACGGCCAGCAGGAGUUCGAGGCGAUAGUGAGGGAGCACGGCGGCUCCAGUGUGCAGACCCUGUCCGCCCGCCUGAUGCAGCUGCUCCGGAACAAGCACAAGUUCUGGCCGGACGCCGAGCUGAAGAGGCGGGCGCCCAACUGGGGCGAGGGACUGAGUGCCCUGAAUGUCCACAUCGCAGACCACGCCUAUGGCAGCCGGACGCACACCGUCAUCCUGGUGGACAGCCACGACAAGAUGCACUUCAUUGAGGAGACCAUGGCCGGCGUGGAUCCCCAGGGCGAGUGGAGCAGGACGCACAUCGAAAAGGACUUUCAACAGAGCAUUUGACCACGGAGAGCGGGGUCGAUCUGAGACUAACUCGCUUUAAGGCUCAUAUAUCAGGAUCUUUUUUGUUCCACUAAUAUGUAUUUUGACUCUGGCAUUUACGAUAAUAAAUAGUCAUAGAUAUUUUACUACAGUA